AAUAAAAACACCAAUAAUUAAAGAGUGAAUAAUCAAAGGGGAAAAUCGAGUGUUCAUCAUCAAUCAAUCGCUACAAAAGCAAAUCAAGAAUUCCAACCAUGGAAAUAAAACUAUGCUCACUAAUCGCACUACUCGGAUUCCUCACCAUCGCCAAUGCACAAACCGUCUUCGACAUCACAAAAUGCGGCGCUACUCCUAAUUCCGACAUCACUGCGAUCCUAACCAAGACUUGGACCGACGCUUGUGCAUCACCAACCGGUGCGACCAUUGUGAUCCCCGCCGGCACCUACAAGUGCGGCGUGGUGGAAUUCAAAGGCCCAUGCAAGGGCCCAAUCACGUUUCAAGUCGACGGCACCCUCCAGGCUCCGACCAGCCCCGACGGCGACAGCUGGAUCACCUUCUGCAGCUUCGAAAACUUGGCCGUGACCGGCACCGGUACUUUCGACGGCAUGGGUUCCGCCAUCUACGGCAAGCAGAAAUCAAAGGCCGUGGUAACGUCUCGUUACCAUAAAACCAACUGGUCGUUCAACUUUAUCACCAACGGACACAUGGAAGGCGUGACGAGUAAAGACAGCAAGGAAUUCCACGUCAACGUAUUGGGCUGCAAGAACCUGACGAUCAGCAAGUUCACCGUCUGCGCGCCGGCGGACAGCCCCAACACCGACGGGAUCCACCUCGGCAGAUCCAACGGCGUGCAGAUCCUCGACACCAAGAUCGGCACCGGCGACGACUGCAUCUCCGUGGGCGACGGCAUGGAGCAGCUGACGGUGGAGAGGGUGACCUGCGGUCCGGGCCACGGCAUCAGCAUCGGCAGCCUGGGGCAGUACGCCGGCGAGAUGCCGGUGAAGGGAAUCUUCGUCAGGAACUGCACGCUGGUGAACACCCAGAACGGCGUCAGGAUCAAGUCGUGGCCGGAUCAGGAGGCCAACGACGUCUCCGACAUCCACUUUGAGGACAUUGUGUUGGACAACGUCGAUAACCCCAUCAUCGUCGACCAGAUGUAUUGCCCCUCCAAUUUGUGCAAGUCCAAGGGCGCGUCGAAGGUGACGAUUAGCAAUGUGAGCUUCAAGAACAUCAGAGGGACGUGCAAGCUGCCGGAAGCCAUAACUAUGACUUGCAGCUCUGCUCAUCCGUGCACCAACGUUGAGAUGUGCGACAUUGACAUCAAGUGCACCACUGGGCCAGCCAAAGCUGUGUGCACCAAUGUGAAGCCCGUCAUCACUGGAAUCAUGAACCCUCCUGGCUGUUAAUUAUUAAUUUAUGUUCAAGAUUUGAAAGAGAUUACCACUUGGAUUAAUGGUCUCUUUCCGGCUCUUAAUUAUUAAUUACUAAGCAUGUAAUAAGUUGUUUUUCCUAAUGCAACAGAGAUUGGACGUUUAUUGAGACAACAGUGUUCAACUGUUCAUUGUUCCUCUUCUUCUUCAACAUGUAGUUUGAUAUUAGAAAUACUAAUCUUACACAAUUAGAAAUUUUGUUCAAGACCUUGAAAAAUAAAAUUUUCGGCGAAUUUCGUAAAUGAAUUAUGUAUUGGAAAUUAUUUGGAAUUAGAUUAGAA